AUGGCUCGUGCACAAGCAGCUGGUACUAAGCGGGCCAUUGACCAAGCGUCAAAUAAUUACGAUUCUGACUCUUCUAACACAAGUUAUUCGGAGGAGGAUGGCGAACUUGAAGAUCUCCCAAAGAUUCCCAAAGUUCGUCUGAAAAUUGGGUCUUCUAACGUGGUCGAGGUUCGCAAUAGUAACCCUAACUCUGUCGCUAACAAUAGAGCUAAUGAUGAAGUUGAGAAAGAUAAUAACUCAAAUGCGGCAAUGGUCGCAGCAGCUCGUGCUGUUGAAGGCGGUGCUGAGCGUACCGCCGACUUCAAGCCCGACAGCGUAUCGUCUUUUUUUGGCAAAAAUGAUUUUUCGUAUCUUAAGCUCAAACCUGACCACGCUGCACGACCUCUGUGGAUUAACCCAGACGAUGGUCGUAUUAUUCUGGAGAGUUUCUCACCACUAGCUGAGCAAGCCCAAGAUUUCUUGGUCACCAUUGCCGAGCCCGUCAGUAGACCAACUUUUAUUCAUGAGUAUCGCCUUACUACUUAUUCUCUAUAUGCAGCUGUUUCUGUUGGCCUUCAAACAAAAGAUAUUAUUUCUGUUCUAAACAGACUUUCAAAAGUCCCUGUUCCAAAAACCAUUGUCAAGUUUAUCAAUGACUGUACCAUUUCAUAUGGUAAAAUUAGACUGGUCCUGAAACAUAACCGCUACUUUUUAGAAAGUUCUCAAGCAGAUGUUCUUCAAAUGCUGUUAAAAGAUCGAGAGAUUGGGCCCCUGAGAAUUGAAGCCUCUGAAACUACAACAAAGGACGGACUUGUUACUGAGAAGGCUCCGACUAUGGGGGGCCUUGUUAUACCUGGCACAAAGCCUCAGAAUACAAAUAAUAACACAACAACUACCAACACAGAUACAAAUCCAGCUGCUGCCAGUGGGUCUUCGGAUAAGCCUCCAGGGGCCAAAGAAAUUCCGGAUGAUCCUGAAGCCGCAUUUAACGCCGUUUUAGGUCUUGAUGGUGAAGAUGAUGAUGAUUUAGAUGCAGUUCAUUCUUUUGAGGUUUCCUCUUCUUCUGUUGAGACUGUCAAGAAGAGAUGUCAAGAAAUUGAUUUCCCUGUGUUGGAGGAGUACGAUUUUAGAAAUGAUAAGCAAAAUGUUGAUUUGAACAUUGAUCUCAAGCCUUCUACUCAAAUUAGACCAUACCAAGAAAAGAGUCUUAGUAAGAUGUUUGGUAACGGUCGUGCUAGAUCGGGCAUUAUCGUGUUGCCUUGUGGUGCAGGGAAAACACUUGUCGGUAUCACAGCAGCAUGCACAAUUCGCAAAAGUGUUAUUGUGCUUUGCACAUCCUCCGUUUCCGUUUACCAAUGGCGCCAACAAUUUCUUCAGUGGUGCACUAUUCAACCUGAAGACGUUGCUGUCUUUACUUCUGAAAACAAGGAAAAGUUUCGCGGUGAAGCUGGUUUGGUUGUUUCAACAUACUCUAUGGUUGCAAAUACGCGUAACAGAUCGCAUGAUUCUCAAAAAAUGAUGGACUUUUUAACGUCGCGCGAAUGGGGCUUUAUUAUUCUUGACGAAGUGCACGUCGUUCCUGCUGCCAUGUUUAGACGUGUCGUUACCACCAUUGCUGCACAUGCCAAACUGGGUCUUACAGCAACUCUGCUCCGUGAAGAUGACAAGAUUGAUGAUCUUAACUUUUUGAUUGGACCUAAGCUUUAUGAAGCUAACUGGAUGGAUCUCUCACAAAAGGGACAUAUUGCGAAUGUGCAGUGCGCUGAAGUUUGGUGUCCAAUGACGUCUGAAUUUUAUCAAGAAUACCUUAAUGUCAAUGCCCGCAAGCGCAUGCUAUUAUAUAUUAUGAAUCCUUCAAAGUUUCAGGCAUGUCAGUUUUUGAUCCAGUAUCACGAGAAGCGUGGUGAUAAAAUCAUUGUCUUUUCAGAUAAUGUUUAUGCUCUUGAGGCAUAUGCUUGCAAGCUUGGCAAGCCUUUUAUUCAUGGCGCAACACCUCAACAUGAGCGUAUGACUAUUUUACGCAAUUUCCAAUUCAAUAGCGAAAUCAAUACCAUGUUUUUGUCUAAAGUUGGUGAUACAAGUAUUGAUUUACCAGAAGCUACUUGCUUGAUUCAAAUCUCAUCGCACUACGGUUCCCGUCGUCAAGAGGCUCAACGUCUUGGACGUAUUCUUCGUGCCAAGCGUCGUAACGAUGAGGGUUUCAACGCAUUUUUCUACUCAUUAGUGUCUAAGGAUACACAAGAAAUGUAUUACUCUACAAAGCGUCAGGCCUUUUUAGUGGAUCAAGGUUAUGCGUUCAAAGUAAUUACACAUUUGCAUGGAAUGGAUAAACUGCCCAACCUUGCCUACUCGACCGCCCGUGAACGUCGUGAGUUAUUGCAAGCUGUGUUGCUCGCCAAUGAAUCUCUGGCUGGACUGGAGACUGGCGAUGAUGCAGAAAACUCUGUUGGUCGUGGUGGAAACGUUGUAUCCAAACGUCAUAAAGGAGGCUCCAAAGCCAACCGUGUUGUUGGCAAUUUGUCUGCUUUGGCCGGUGGUGAGGACAUGGCUUAUGUUGAAUACAACAAGAGUAAAAAUAAGGAUCUUAAAAAGACAGGCAGUAAUCUUAUUCACAAGCUUUACUACAAAAAGAAGAAAACUACUUAA